AUUUCCAAAUGACAAUAACACCACCGAGGAGCUAUGGGUGACGGGGCGGUGACAAUGGCGUUGGGAGCCGGAGCCCGAGCCUGAGGGGCCGGGCGCGAUUGAAAGGAGCCGGAGCUGGGCAGGGAGUUCGCUGGAGUGUCGCCUUCCCAAAGGUGAGCUCUCGCUUUCCUCCGGUUGGCGCCAGGCCACCGACCCCACAGCUGAGAACCAACUCCGGGGAAAUCGACGCCCUAAGGAAGCGCGCUAGUCUCGCGGACCCCGGCUCGAGGAUCGUCGGGAGCGCGCACGUCUGGACGCCGCCACGGACAAUGCUGCUACUCCUGCAACUGUUGUGGCUAGUGCAGGAGCUCACCGCAGAGAGUCCCUGGGGGCUGCCUGUGGUAGCUGAUGACCCAACUUCCUUAGCAAAGGUGGUGAUGGCAGAACUGGCCGACCUGAAGUUAGAAAACAAGCCAUGGCCUGGAGGGACACACUCUCUCCACUACCACUACCUGGCCCUGUCAGAGCCAGGCCCAGGCCUUCCUCAGUUUCUGGCUGUAGGCUACGUGGACGACCAGCCCUUCAUCCAUUAUGACAGUCAUGUGGACAGGGCUACGCCCCAGGCCCCAUGGAUGGCAGCUGUGGACGCCCAGUACUGGGAAACAGAGGCGCAGAAGCAGAGGGCCUGGGCAAAGGUGCAGCAGGUGGAGACAUGGACUGUGAUGGGCUACCACAACCACAGCAGGGGCAUGCACAGCACUCAGCGAAUGUUUGGCUGUGAGAUCCAGGAGGACGGCCGUACCAGCAGCUUCUGGCAGUUUGGCUUUGAUGGGCAGGACCACCUGUCACUGGACCUGGAGACUCUGAGUUGGGUGUCAGCCAAGCCUGUGGCUGUGCAGACCAAGCGCUGGUGGGAGACAGAGCGCUGCUAUGCUGAGUACGACAAGGCCUACCUGGAGGGCCUCUGCCUCACUUCCCUGCGCAGGUACCUGGAGCUGGGCAGCCAGAGCCUCACCCGGAAAGAGCCACCCACAGUGCAGGUGACAAGACACACAGCUGACGAUGGUGGCAUCACACUGAGGUGCUGGGCCUGGGGUUUCUAUCCACAGGACAUCUCAUUGAGCUGGUGGCUGGGGGAGGAGGAACUGGUUCAAGAGACUGAGUAUGUGGAGAUACGCCCCAGUGGAGACGGUACCUACCAGACGUGGACAGCCGUGCGGGUGCCAGCCAGGAUGGAGAAUGGGUACAUUUGCCAUGUGCGGCACUCCAGCUUGAACCAUACGCUCACUGUGGCCUGGGAAGCACCCUCUCAUCAGUGGAUAACCAGUGCUGUGGUUCUCUCCCUCUUCACCAUCUUCACCAUCACUUUCUUGCUGGUGGCUGGAAUUUUGAUCUUCAUCAAGCAAUGCUCUCCAGAUGGAGAAGAGCCUCAUAAUUCCCAAAGCCCAGUGAUCAUAGAGGCUGCUCAGCUGCUCUGCUGACACAAGUUCACUGUCACAGAUCAAGAAGGUGUUUUAUAGUAUUUGGAGGCCUCCAGUGUCCUAGCUGGCUGGCAGUGGUGAUCCAACUGUGAAAGGCGCACCCCACCCCAAAUCCAUCAGCCUCAUCACAAGAAGUCUGGGCCACUAAGAUUUGCCAUCUUCCUGAAGUCCUUUUAAAAGUAAUUGUCUCCAGUUUGGAUGGGAAGGAGGGCAGAACCUCAGAUCGGUUCACACUUGACAAUAUGGACAAUAAUUUCAUGUUAAGUGUAAAUCCCAGUUGAGCCUUUCAGGUACUCUGAGUUCAGUGAUGGUAUUCUCAGCUCCAAUUCUCCAACAUGAAAACCACAGCUAUGGGAAGUUAAAAAAGAACCAGAAGAACGGUUAAGGAGUUAUGGGGGCAGCAUCCUGCAUCCAUCUGCUGGCAGCUGGAAGAAGUGGCCAAAUGCCUACCUCCUUUUAGAAGUGUGUUCUUAUGUGCAUGUAAAUUUUCUUUUAUAAAGAAGAUUGAAGUGUUGGGGGGUGUGAGGGUAUGUGGUUCCAGCAGGGUGAGGAUGGGUUUGUGAGGGUGUGUAGGGAGUGAAGGUGUGUGAGGGUGUAUGUGUGGCAAGGGGUGUCUUUGUGUGUAUGAGAAGUUCAGAGGGACAGGUGCCCAGGGACCUGUUGUUAGCCCAGGGCAGCUGAAGGAUGGGAAACAAUACAGUCAGUAUUUUUCUUCCUGUCCUCUUCAGUGGUUUGAAUUUUUGUAAUUAGCACAUGUUACUUUUACAAUAAGGGGAAGAGAAGUUUCACUAUGUGCUGUGGAAAUUCUUGUUAAGGGUGUAUCCGGGGAAGGUCUGGCUUCACCUUCUCCAUUUUUCAGUGGAGCAGACACCCCAUGUCUCCUUUGUAAAUAAGAAUCUCUUGGGGAGCACACGUUUUUGUUUAUUCAGAGAGCAGUUCCAAUCUCAUGGCCAGCCAACAUGCAAGGGGAGAGGACUCCCGAGCCACAGUAGAGGGACCACUCCACUGGCAUAAAGGAUACAAGCCUGGGCUCUUCACAGGGCACCCUUUGCCUCUCUGUAGGACCCCAAGGCAUGACUGAGCCUCUUGUGAGGACUUCUGAAACCUUCGUGUCUGAAGCCCUGGGAGGCCCCAAGCCAAAGGAUGUGAAAG